AACUUGAAGGAGGCGGCGGAGAGCAGCACGCGAGCCGGAGAAAAGCGAGAGGGACAACUUUUCCGACACGUAUUAGUGCAAGGAGAGCUGAAGUAAUGAGAAGUCAUCAUGGAGGCGCAGUCCCAUAGCUCUGCCACAACUGAGAAGAAAAAAGUGGAGAAUUCCAUCGUGAAAUGCUCCAGUCGAACAGAUGUCAGUGAGAAAGCUGUUGCCUCCAGCACAACUUCCAAUGAGGAUGAAAGUCCUGGGCAGACCUAUCACAGAGAGAGAAGGAACGCAAUCACAAUGCAGCCGCAGGGUGGGCAAGGCCUCGGCAAGAUCAGUGAAGAGCCUUCCACGUCGAGUGAGGAAAGGGCCUCAUUAAUCAAGAAGGAGAUCCAUGGAUCUAUAUCGCACCUUCCCGAACCUUCCGUACCAUACCGCGGGACGCUCUUUACCAUGGACCCCCGAAACGGCUACAUGGACCCUCAUUACCAUCCUCCUCACCUUUUUCCAGCAUUCCACCCUCCUGUACCAAUUGAUGCAAGACAUCAUGAGGGGCGCUACCAUUACGAACCAUCUCCCAUUCCUCCUCUGCAUGUGCCUUCUGCCUUAUCUAGUAGCCCAACAUACUCAGAGCUUCCAUUCCUUAGAAUUUCCCCGCACCGAAAUCCUGCUGCAACAUCAGAGUCUCCCUUCAGCACCCCUCACCCAUACAUUAACCCCUACAUGGACUACAUCAGGUCCCUGCACAGCAGCCCAUCCCUCUCCAUGAUCUCGGCAGCCCGCGGACUCAGCCCAACAGACGCUCCGCACGCUGGCGUCAGCCCAGCUGAAUAUUAUCAUCAGAUGGCUCUGUUGGCAGGCCAGCGCAGCCCGUACGCAGACAUCAUUCCUUCAGCUGCCACCGCGGGAGCCGGGGCUCUGCAUAUGGAAUAUCUGCAUGCCAUGGACAGUGCCAGGUUCCCCAGCCCGAGGCUGUCAGCCAGACCGAGCCGGAAGCGCACGUUGUCCAUAUCCCCCCUGUCUGACCACAGCUUUGACCUUCAGACCAUGAUUCGGACCUCUCCAAAUUCCUUGGUCACCAUUCUCAAUAAUUCUCGUAGCAGUUCGUCAGCCAGUGGUUCUUAUGGCCACUUGUCUGCAAGUGCAAUAAGCCCUGCUCUGAGUUUCACAUACCCUCCUACACCAGUAUCCCUCCAGCAAAUGCAUCAGCAAAUUAUAAGUCGUCAGCAAACCCUAGGUUCAGCCUUUGGACACAGCCCUCCACUCAUCCAUCCUGCUCCAACUUUUCCUACCCAGAGACCUAUCCCUGGCAUCCCCAGUGUCCUGAACCCUGUCCAGGUCAGCUCUGGACCUUCUGAGUCCACACAGAACAAACCCACAAGUGAAUCUGCAGUGAGCAGCACAGGAGACCCCAUGCACAACAAGCGCUCCAAGAUAAAGCCUGACGAGGACCUCCCCAGCCCAGGAGCAGGAAGCAUGCAGGAACAGCCAGAAGGAAUGACCUUGGUAAAAGAGGAAGGGGACAAAGAUGAAAGCAAACAGGAGCCUGAAGUGGUCUAUGAGACAAACUGCCACUGGGAAGGCUGUUCCCGGGAGUUUGACACGCAGGAACAGCUAGUGCAUCAUAUCAACAAUGACCACAUACAUGGUGAGAAGAAAGAGUUUGUGUGCCGAUGGCUGGACUGUUCCCGGGAGCAGAAACCUUUCAAAGCCCAAUAUAUGCUGGUGGUCCACAUGAGGAGACAUACAGGGGAAAAGCCACACAAAUGCACUUUUGAAGGUUGUACAAAGGCCUACUCCAGACUAGAAAACUUGAAAACGCACUUGAGAUCUCACACUGGAGAGAAACCGUAUGUGUGCGAACAUGAAGGCUGCAACAAAGCUUUCUCCAACGCAUCUGACAGGGCCAAGCACCAAAACAGGACUCAUUCCAAUGAGAAACCAUAUGUGUGCAAGAUCCCGGGCUGCACGAAGCGCUACACAGACCCCAGCUCCCUGCGGAAGCACGUGAAGACCGUGCACGGCCCGGAGGCACACGUCACCAAGAAGCAGCGGGGAGACAUCCACCCAAGGCCUCCGCCACCCAGGGACCCAGGCAGCCACUCUCAGACCCGGUCCCCAGGCCAUCAGACUCAGGGUGCAGUUGGUGAGCAGAAGGACCUCAGCAACACUACCUCAAAAAGGGAAGAAUGCCUCCAAGUGAAAGCCGUCAAGUCAGAAAAACCGAUGACAUCUCAGCCAAGCCCUGGUGGUCAGUCUACAUGCAGCAGCGAACAGUCCCCCAUCAGCAACUAUUCCAACAAUGGGAUCGAGCUUUCUCUGACCGGUGGUGGUAGUGUAGGAGACCUCAGUGUCAUCGAUGAAACCCCAAUCAUGGACUCUACCAUUUCCACAGCCACCACAGCACUUGGCUUACAGGCCAGGAGGAACAUGACAGGGACCAAAUGGAUGGAGCAAGUGAAAUUAGAAAGGUUGAAACAAGUUAAUGGAAUGCUUCCAAGACUGAACCCCGUUCCACCUUCCAAAGCCCCAGCCUUGCCGCCUCUCAUAGGAAAUGGUACCCAGUCGAACAGCAGCUGCAGUGUCGGAGGAUCCAUGACUAUUCUGCCAAACAGGAAUGAACUCUCAAGUACGGACAUCACUGUGUUGAACAUGCUGAACAGGAGGGACAGCAAUACUAGCACAAUCAGUUCAGCCUACCUGAGCAGCCGCAGGUCCUCUGGAAUCUCGCCUUGCUUCUCCAGCCGGAGGUCCAGCGAUGCCUCCCAGGCGGAGGGAAGACCGCAGAACGUGAGCGUUGCAGACUCCUACGACCCCAUCUCAACGGAUGCCUCCCGGCGCUCCAGCGAAGCGAGCCAGUGUGAUGACCUGCCAAGUCUUCUCAGCCUCACCCCAGCCCAGCAAUACAGGCUGAAAGCUAAAUAUGCAGCAGCUACUGGUGGACCCCCACCGACUCCACUGCCUAACAUGGAGAGGAUGAGCCUCAAGACAAGGAUGGCACUCUUGGGUGACUGCAGGGAGUCUGGAGUAUCUCCACUGCCUCCAGUGAACGUCCCUCGAAGAUGUAGUGAUGGUGGGGCAAAUGGUUACAGCAGGAGGCAUUUUCUGUCUCAUGAAGCUUUAGGAAAUGGGACAAGGAGAGCCAGUGAUCCAGUCAGAAUGGCCUCUGACAACCUCUCUGUCCCGAGAGUCCAGCGUUUCAACAGUCUUAAUAGCUUUAACACUCCUGCUUUGCCUCCAUCCAUGGAAAAGCGCAACCUUGUUCUUCAGAACUACACGCGUUCUGAGGGUGGCGUCUUCCGCGGCUUCAGCUCCCCCUGUCCUCCGAGCAUCAGCGAGAACGUCGCCCUGGAGGCUGCUACAAUGGAAGCAGGUAGCAGUCUGAACGAUGAGGAUCUCCUGCCAGAUGACGUGGUCCAGUAUCUGAACUCCCAGAACCAGGGCAUGUACGACCAUUUGUUGAACAAUGUCCUAGAUAGCAACAAAAUGCAUCACAGCUCAGUUUCAGGAAACAACAAUUCCAGCAACUUUGAUCAAGCUCCUCCACCAAGCAGUCAGCAGGCGGGUCCCGAGGCAAAUAAGAGCGACUUGCCCAUCCAGUGGAAUGAAGUAAGCUCAGGAAGUUCUGACUUGUCUCCUUCGAAGCUGAAAUGUGGUCAGCGGUCAGCAGUGCAGCAGGCUCGGGCCUUCAGACUGCAUAACAACAUGAUGGUUCAGCAGCAGAACCUGGAGAGAAGCAACAUGGCCCAGCAGAAUGGCUAUGGGAACCUGAUGGAGAACAACAAUUCCUACAGUUUACAGCAAAAUAUGACUCUUGGCAGCGGAGCUGGGAAUUCUUUCAGCAUGCAGUCCAACAAGCCUUACAGCGAAAGCAUGGGCAGGCAAGCAAUGAUGUCUGGGGUGACAGACAAUUCCUGUGGCAUGGCAGUGCAAGGGCAGAAGCUGAGAAUCAGCAACAUGCCAGUAAAUGGGAACCAGCAAAAUUUCAGCCAUCCCCUGGCAUCCAGUGAUCAAACCACCAGUAUGGCAAACGGGAUGCAGGACAGGAAUAUGAUGGAACAGGAAUAUUUGCAAAGCCAGCCAGUCGGAGAUGGCAUUCGUUACCAGGGAGUCAGUCAAUCUGGUCAAAUGAUGCUAGGGCAGGUUAGUCCUACCUCACAAGGCAGCCUGUAUCAAGGGCCACAGAGCUGUCCACUGGUGUCUCACACCAUUGGUAGCCAGCCUUCAGGUUUGUCAGUGGCCAAAAGUUACCAGUCAUGCUCUAAUUACAGCAGCAACAGACGGCAAAACAUGUUGAGAAACAACCUGUCCCAACAGCAAAGACACCUAGGUGAUGGCAACCAGACAUACAGGGUAAACACCAUCAAGAUGGAAAUGCAAGGUCAAUCACAGCAGUUCUGCUCCAACAUGCAGAAUUACUCUGGUCAGUUGUAUGACCAAACCAUGGGCUUUAGCCACCAAGCUAUGAAAACAGGUUCUUUCUUUGGUUCAGAAGCCAGCUGCCUGCUGCAGGGGACUGCAACUGAAAACUCAUCUGAACUUCUUUCCCCGGGGGCUAACCAAGUGUCAAGCACAGUUGACAGCAUUGACAACAACAGUCUAGAGGGUGUGCAGAUAGAUUUUGAUGCUAUCAUAGAUGAUGGGGACCAUGUCAGCUUAAUUUCGGGAGCCCUGAGCCCAAGUAUCAUUCAAAAUGUCUCCCGCAAUUCCUCACGCCUCACCACUCCCCAAACAUCUCUUACAUUCCCAGCUAUGCCUGUAAGCACAACCAACAUGGCUAUUGGGGACAUGAGCUCUUUGUUGACCUCACUUGCAGAAGAAAGCAAGUUUCUUGCUGUUAUGCAAUAGACAUAAAAAACAAAAAACACUUAGGAGAUAACAGAUGGGAAAAAAAAAAGACUCAUAUUUUUUAGUUGUGUAUGUAUUUUAGCAAUCUCAUCUCACCUAAAUGGGAUGUGUUUCAAGUAUAUUCCUUUUAUGGAAUAAGGACUCUGAAAACCCUAAAGUGUUCUAGGGAGAAACUGUCUUCCAUUUCAGUUUUGAAUCAGUAUUGCUACGCCCAUUCCCUCCCUUUCUCUCUUUUCUCUCUCUCUUGCACCCUUUUCAAAUGUCUGUAUGCUUCUUUUAUUUUUCUUUUGUUUUUUAUCUGUAAACCAAUGUAAACGUGUGAAGUGCAUGUUGUGGGGUUUUUUUGUUUUGUUUUGUUUUGGGGUUUUUUUUGUAAAGAAAGGCCUGAUGAAAUGACAAUUUUCUGUUACUCAAAUGAAUCCAGACCUUGUAAAACUGUUGCAACUUUUCCUCUUGAACCUAUAACCAGGCACAAUGUGAAGUGAGCAUACAGUGAUGAAAUCCUCUCUGGAUGCACUGGACACAUCACACUGAGGUGGAAAACCAGCUUAGAAAUGCACUGCCAUGCUACCCCUGGGCUGCAGUUUCAGAGACACGGAGCACAAAAAGUUGGGAGGUUCAAGCAAAUAAGAAAUGUAAAAAUCAUCAGCUCUUUGAUGUCUAGCAAAAGCUUAAGGUUUUUGUAAACCCACACAGAGAUAGCUGCCACUGCCUUGAAUAACAAUACUGAGAUUGUGUCAUGUUCAACCUAUUUCAGAGGAAGGAGAGGACCAGAAAGCUGUUCGUAGUCCAGCUCUCAUCUUUUACAGAAUUUGGUAUUCUGGUGUUCAGCCUUCUUUUUUAAAUGACUGAAUAGCAAAAUUAUGGGUGUGGAUAGUGACUUGGGUAGUCUGCAGUCUUCUCAUUGCAUACCACAUUUGUGAAGGUACAGUCAGGGUCUUAUGAAGUAUUUCAUACAAUGAAAUGACAAAAUGGCAGUAUUUCACACUGGGGAAUUCCUUCUUUUUUUUUUUUUUUAAUGCAAAUUGUUGAGGUGUAACUUGCUGAGCCACUGGUUCUUAUUUGCUGCAAGAACUGUGUGUAUAUCCCCUUUAGCCCAGACAGCUCCAUGGAUACAUAGAGCUUCAAAAGCAUCAUAAGCAAGUCAUGUAAAAGAAGUAGAAAAUGAAUGGCUGGCCCAGUUCUCAGACUAGCCAAAUAAAUCAAAGCAGUUGCAAGCAAUCUGAUAAUCUUAAAUGUUUUUCCACUGUGUCCAGGCUUUACAAAAUUAAAUUAAAACUGCCAUUAAAAAUAGCAGAGAAACAAGGGGAACAGCAAGUAUUCACAGAUCACAGACUAUUCUGAUCUGGAAUUAUUAUCAGGUCCAACUCUUCAGUGAAUGGCCUGUAUGAGGAUCAAACCCACAACUUUGAUGCUAUUAGCACCAUGCUCUAACCAACUGAGUUGUCUGGCAACUAAUCAAAGCUCUGAAAGACCAACCCAGCUUCUUUUUCUCUCUCUUGGUGACACCAUGUGCAUUUAAUUUCCAAGCAAACCAGUGGGUCAAUGCCCAGGGUCAGUCACACUGGCAAAAAAUUGAAAGCGAUGCACUGUGAUCAUUAAGCCACUCACUGGUAGAGGUGAAUGGCAUUUUCUCUGUGAGCACUGGCUUGGUUUUGGCUCUGCUGGGCUCCGUGUCUGCAGCCAUGAGUACACAGUGCUCCUGAGUGAACAGCCUGCUGUGGGGAACAAUCAUGGUUUAAAUUCACCCACUCCUAGAAGCUGUAUGGAGUUCCAACCCUCGAAGACUUCUCAGUUAAAUCCCAAUAGUGAAGUCCUACUAUGGGAUGUAGAUUGUGCAGGCACCUACAGUCAUGGAUUUGAUGUCUGUGAGGAGCUGAUGUUAUAGUAGACACACAGCAAGAUGAGGGAGCAUAGUCAGUUUUGAAAUACAGACAAACUUUAGCCCAGUCAAAAUCAGAAGGUGACUUCUGUAGGCUAGAAAACCAACUGUAAAAGAAAAGGUGAAAUGUCAGCUGAUUCAGGACAUGGCAUUUGAGAAAAUGUGGAGAAAUUGAAUCUCAGUGAAGCUGUCAGAUAACAUUUAUCUGUUAACAGCUGUGGAAUCAGAGCAUGAAUGUAUAAAUCAGUAGGAAAACAUCAUAGGAAUUUGGUGCAAGGGCCAUAUUUGAGUUUAUCACAGCACGCACCAAGAGAUUUGCACUGUGAGAUGGAAUGUCAGAAAUCAAGACAAAUGUAAAUGUCCUACACCUUUUAUAAUUACCUAGUUCCUGUCUUUCUUGUUAUGUUUAGCCAGCAUUUCUUUCUUACCCUGUCCCAUGCACACAUAUUCACUCAUCCUGUACUCUUCCCUUUGACACUUCCCCUCCCAGCUUCCCUGCCCUGCCCAGCUAUCACAGCCUGCCUGCCGUGCUCCUUGGGCUGCAUGGGCAGCUGGGCACAGCUCACCAUGGCCAGUGACUGCAU